CUGUAUGUUUUAGGACUGAAAGAGUUGUCCCCACUUCCUCUAAAUCUCAAACGUUUAUACAAAGAGACACUAGAAAUUGAACCCAUUUUGAUCAUUAUUUCCCCGGGAGCAGAUCCUUCUCAGGAACUUCAAGAACUUGCUACUGCUGAAAGAAGCGCAGAGUGCUAUCACCAGGUUGCCAUGGGUCAAGGUCAAGCUGAUCUAGCAAUUCAAAUGCUAAAAGAAUGUGCCCGAAAUGGAGAUUGGCUGUGUUUGAAGAAUUUGCAUCUGGUGGUAUCCUGGCUUCCAGUUCUGGAAAAGGAAUUGAAUACUCUUCAACCUAAAGAUACCUUUCGUCUUUGGCUCACUGCAGAAGUUCAUCCCAACUUUACUCCUAUUUUACUACAGUCAAGUUUGAAGAUAACAUAUGAGUCACCUCCAGGUUUGAAAAAGAAUUUAAUGCGCACUUAUGAGUCUUGGACUCCUGAGCAAAUUAGCAAGAAGGACAAUAUCCAUCGAGCUCAGGCUUUGUUUAGUUUUGCUUGGUUUCACGCUGCAUGUCAAGAAAGAAGAAAUUACAUUCCACAGGGUUGGACCAAAUUUUAUGAGUUUUCUUUAUCAGAUCUUCGGGCUGGGUACAACAUCAUUGACAGGCUCUUUGAUGGUGCCAAAGAUGUACAGUGGGAAUUUGUACAUGGCUUACUUGAAAAUGCUAUUUAUGGAGGACGUAUAGAUAACUAUUUUGACCUUAGAGUUCUUCAAUCAUACCUGAAACAGUUUUUUAAUUCUUCAGUAAUUGAUGUAUUAAACCAAAGGAAUAAGAAAAGUAUUUUUCCAUAUUCCAUAUCUCUACCGAAAUCCUGCAGCAUUUUGGACUAUCGUGCUGUCAUUGAAGAACUUCCAGAGGAUGAUAAACCUAGUUUCUUUGGUCUCCCUGCUAACAUUGCUCGCUCAUCUCAGCGCAUGGUCAGCUCACAGGUUAUUUCACAGUUAAGGAUAUUGGGACGCUCAGUAACAGCUGGUUGCAAGUUUGAUAGAGAAAUCUGGUCUAAUGAACUUUCUCCUGUCCUCAACCUCUGGAAGAAACUAAACCAGAAUUCAAACCUGAUUCAUCAGAAAGUGUCUCCUCCUAAUGACAGACAAGGAUCUCCAAUCUUAUCAUUCAUCAUUCUUGAACAGUUUAAUGCCAUUCGCUUAGUACAGAGUGUCCAUCAGUCUCUUGCUGCACUCAGCAAAGUCAUCAGAGGAACUACCUUACUGAGUUCAGAAGUACAAAAACUGGCAAGUGCUUUGUUAAACCAAAAGUGUCCUCUCACAUGGCAGAGCAGGUGGGAAGGCCCAGAAGACCCCUUGCAGUACCUUAGAGGUCUUGUAGCUCGUGCCCUUGCAAUACAGAACUGGGUAGAAAAAGCUGAGAAGCAGGCUCUGCUGUCUGAUACACUUGACCUGUCAGAGCUCUUCCAUCCAGACACAUUUCUUAAUGCCCUUCGCCAGGAAACUGCAAGGGCAAUGGGUCAUUCUGUGGAUAGUCUGAAAUUUGUAGCCUCAUGGAAAGGACGACUUCAGGAAGCAAAGCUGCAAAUUAAGAUCAGUGGCUUAUUGCUGGAAGGAUGUACUUUUGAUGGGAAUCAGCUUUCUGAAAAUCAGCAUGAUUCUCCUAGUGUGUCAACAGUUCUGCCUUGUUUUAUGGGCUGGAUUCCACAGGGUGCAUACGGUCCCUACUCCUCUGAUGAGUGCAUCUCUCUGCCCGUUUACACGAGCGCUGAACGGGAACGUGUGGUGACCAACAUUGAUGUGCCAUGUGGGGCCAGCCAAGACCAGUGGAUCCAGUGUGGGGCGGCUCUGUUUCUGAAAAAUCAGUAGACCAACCACAGCAAAGGACGCCUUAGCAGAAGUGACAGUUACUGUUUAAGCUUU